AGUACGUCCCAGUAGAUUCCUUGUGGAAAAACCCAAGAGGAGGUCAUUUGUCGAAGUAUCUUUCAGUCUUUGGAUAAAAGUGAGGUGUGGAAAGGGGAUAAAAUUAUGGUGAUCAAAAAGUAAACAAAUUCAUGCUGCCAAGUAUAUUCUAAUAAAAUGUCAGCUGAUAAGAAGGAAGAAGACUUUUACCAAUUUGAUCCAGAACGGACACACCAGGGACUUGCCUUGGUGAUUUCUAAUUUUACGGUAGGCAGGCGCAAAAGAAAAGGGGCUGAAGCCGACCUGAAGUACAUGAAGAAAACAUUUAAACGACUGGGAUUCAAAGUAGAUUGUCAUGAGAAUGUAAAGGGAUCAGAGCUAGUCUCAAUAUUGAAUAAAUGCUCCCAGCAGAUGUUGACAAGUUAUGACUGUUUUGUAUUUGCUAUCAGCUCCCAUGGAAUGGAAAUUGUGCAGGAAGACAAAUCGGGGAAUAGUGUACACCAACAUGCCAUUGAAAUGUUUGACGGCGUGUACAUUUAUACUAAGGGUAUCCUAGACUACUUUACUGACGGAAAGUGUAAAGCUCUGAAAAACAAACCCAAAUUAUUCUUCAUUCAGGCCUGCAGGAUCCCUGAGACUAAGAGUACGCAGGAUCAUUAUAAGGCCGGGGUCGGCUUUGACUCUGGAAUAUCCACACACAACAAGAAAGGCGGACAGGACCAGAGAACAACCAGGGACAAGACAGAUUUUGAGGGAUUUAGCGGGGAUACUGAAACAGAUUCUGACAGAGAAAGUGAUGUCUCUGACACCGAUGUAGAGGAGGAUGAGUCAUCUUUAUCUGACAUUGAACCCACUGCUACAGGUCACGGGGAUGGAAAAGAGCCUUGGCAGAAUUUGGAGAAAAGGCAAACAGAAAUUUUAAAAAAGCUAAAGAAAAUGGAGAAAGGGCAAACAGAAAUCUUAAAAAAGCUAAAGAGGGUUGAGAAUGGGCAAACAAAAAUUUUAAAAAGGCAAAAGAGGAUGGAAAACAAGGUAUGGCACCUUGGACGUGAAUACAUGGCAGCAGCCAAUCAGAACAAAGAACCAAAUGCUCUGGCUGCAGCCAAUCAGAAUGAAGAAGAACCCAGUCCACAAGCUACAGCCAAUCAGAAUGAAGAAGAACCCAGUCCACAAACUACAGCCAAUCAGAAUGUAGAACCCAGUCCACAAACUACAGCCAAUCAGAAUAAAGAAUCCAGUCUACAGGCUAGUGGGAAUGAAGAUUCUAAAUCACAUUCUGCAGCUGAUGAAAAUAAGAAUGCAUCAGGAGUAACAGGGGACAUAGAAGAUGACAUCGACGCUAAACGUAGACGUCUCUAUGAGAGUCGGGGGUCAGGGGAUGACAUUGACCCCCCUAGAGGACAAAGGAUUUACCCCCCAGCUCCAGCUCCAGUAGAGUUCACCUUGGUCCCCUGUCACAAUGAUAUGCUCAUCAUGUUUGCCUCCCCUCAAGGUCACUAUGCAAUUAGAAACAAAACAUAUGGAAGUUACAUGUUGCAGUUACUAUACAAGUUCGUAGAAAAAUAUUACGCAAAUGGUGGCCUUACACAGAAUCAAACUAACUUUUUGGAUGUAUUGAGGGACGUUACAACCCAGAUGUCUAAAAUGGAAUUCAUGGGCUCUAAGGAAUAUACCAUUGUGCCAUGUGUCGUCCAUAAACUGAGAAAAGAUGUCAUCUUUACUCAGGGUGAAAACAUGGGCAGUACAAAAUUUACAAUAAUGGAUGCUGAUAAAGACACUUACCAAUUUCACCCAGAACGGACACACCAGGGACUUGCCUUGGUGAUUGCUAACUUUACAGAAGGAGAAGACAGGAGAGAAGGCGCUGAUUCUGACCUCAAGUACAUGAAGAAAACAUUUAAACGACUGGGAUUCAAAGUAGAUUGUCAUGAGAAUGUGACAAAAUCAGACCUGGACUCGUUAUUGAAUGACUGCUCCCAGCAGAUGUUGACAAGUUAUGAUUGUUUUGUAUUCGCGAUCAGCUCCCACGGAAAGGAAUUUGUGCAGAAAGACAAAAUGGGGAAUAGUGUACACCAACAUGUCAUUGAAAUGUUUGACGGCGAGUCCAUUUACACUAAGGAUAUCCUGGACUACUUUAAUGACAGGAAGUGUAAAGCUCUGAAAAACAAACCCAAAUUAUUCUUCAUUCAGGCCUGCAGGAUCCCAGAGACUAAGGCUACACAGGAUCAGUCCGAUGCAGGGGUCGGCUUUGACCCUGGAAUAUCCACACACAACAAGAAAGGCGGACAGCACCAGAGAACAACCAGGGACAAGACAGAUUUUGGGGGAUCUAGCGGGGGUACUGAAACAGAUUCGGACGGAGAGAGUGAUGUCUCAGACACCGAUGUAGAAGAAGAUGAGUCAUCUCUGUCUGAUUCUAACAUUGAACCCACUGCUAAAGGUCACGGGGAUGGAAUAGAGCCUUGGCAGAGGUUGGAGAAAGGGCAAACGGAAAUUAUAAAAAAGCUAAAGAAGAUGGAGAAAGGGCAAACAGAAAUUUUAAAAAAGCUAAAGAGGGUGGAAAAUGGGCAAACGAAAAUUUUAAAAAGGCAAAAGAGGAUGGAAAACAAGGUAUGGCACCUUGGACGUGAAUACAUGGCAGCAGCCAAUCAGAAGAAAGAAUCAAAUGCUCUGGCUGCAGCCAAUCAGAAUGAAGAAGAACCCAGUCCACAAACUACAGCCAAUCAGAAUGAAGAAGAAUCCAGUCCACAAGAUACAGCCAAUAAGAAAAAAGAACCCAGUCUACAGGCUUCAGGAAAUGAAGAUUCCAAUUCACAUUCUGCAGCUGAUGAAAAUAAGAAUGCAUCAGGAGUAACAGGGGACAUAAUAGAUGACAUCGACGCUAAACGUAGAUGUCUCUAUGAGAGUGGGGGGUCAGGGGAUGACAUUGACCCCCCUAGAGCACAAAGGAUUUACCCCCCAGCUCCAGCUCCAGUGGAGAUCACCUUGGUCCCCUGUCACAAUGAUAUGCUCAUCAUGUUUGCCUCCCCUCCAGGUCACUACGCAUUUAGAAACAAAACAGAUGGAAGUUACAUGUUGCAGUUUCUGUACAAGUGCGUAGAAAAAUAUUACGCAAAUGGUGGCGUUGCACAGAAUCAAACUAACUUUUUGGAUGUAUUGAGGGAUGUUACAACCCAGAUGUCUGAAAUGAAAUUCAUGGGUUGUAAGGAAUACACCAUUGUGCCGUGUAUUGUCCAUAAACUGAGAAAAGAUGUCAUCUUUACUCAGGGAAAAAACAUGGGCAGUACGAAAUUUACAGUCAAGCUCUCCGAAAUCAUUUCAACCUUUGGCAUGUCUUUUUUCACGUGGUCAAACAAGAACUGAAGAGUAUGACGUCAUUAAUAAUUACCUGGAUAAGUUACACACAUACAACGUUAACCUGAACGAAAAGUAAUCCAUGGAUUUCCACCAAGUUUUUUUUUUUUUUUUGUGAGUGAAUAUUUUAUUGGCUCAACAAUUAUGGUACAUAUAUUUUUAGAACAUAAUUCAAAACGUAGAAUAAAUGAUAAAUGGCAUUGAAACAGAUCAAUAUAUGAGUACCUUGGACAUGGAGCUAAAAUAUUAACAUGGAUCUAAAAUAUACAUGCAUCUUAGUUUUAACAUGGUAAAAAACUUCAAACAAUCAAGACAAUCCAUACAAUACUGAAAGACUACAGUUUAUAAGUUAACUAAUAUUGGCUGCCAUAAUUCAUAAAAAAUGAGCAUUUGAUUCUUCGAACAAAGAUAAUUUUCUUUCGCAUGAAGUUUGUUUCUUAGAAAAUUUUUAAAAGCAAUGAACUCAAUUUUUUUGCCAGGAAAUUUUGAAUGAAUUAGAUGUAUAAAGCAUUUUCCAAGUAAAAUACAAUAAUUUAGUGGAACAUUUUUUACUUUGUAGAUACCAAAUAUGACAUAUUGCAUUGUUAAGUGAUUGACAUGUUGUUGCCACCAAUAUAUUAGAUCUUUCCAGAAAAUUUGUAUGCUUCUACAUUGGAAAUAUCUAUGAUGUAUAGUGUCAAUUUCAUUACAGCUGUCUGUGUUACUGUUCGGACUUGGAAUCAAUUUCAUAUUAAAAAGCGACUUGUUAUGUACUAUGAUUCUUUGUAAUAUUUUGAGCUGAAGAGCUAAGUGUGUUGCUAACGCUGAGGGUAAUAGAACAGAUUAUGAACUGCAUCUAAACCAAUCAGAUUUCAGUAUUUAACAUGAAAGUAUAACAAUCUUAGAUGUUUGUUGAACAAUAAUACGGCAUAUAAUGUAGAUGUGAUGACCUACUGGCGAUCUCUUUAUUUAAUUAAAGAUGUUGUUGAGAAAUUUUUGAAUGAUCAAAGGAUGGCAUAUAAACAUCACGUUUAUUUUAAGGACUUUGUUCCGCAAAAUAAAGCCAAAUAUCUGAUGUAUGUUUCCCUCUACUUUGUACCAGCAGCCCUACCCAUUAUCACGGAGUUUUUGUUUUCUUCUGACAAAUGCAUUUCAAAUGUAUGAAAUUUGAUCAGAGCUAUGUAUAUUGUUGUAUUGUUAAACAAAGAAUUUGCAUUAUAAUUAUCAAUACUGCUUUAUUUUUUAUUUAUCUUUCUUUUCAUCACUAUGCAAUAGUUUAGUUCUUAUACAUAAUUGAAUGCAUGUGCUUUAUUGUAAAACCAAUAUAUUCUUGUAUUAUGCAAUUAUUUCAUUUUUAUAAUUAAAUAUGCGUUAUUUACACACGAUGUUGU